UCGCCAGUGUUUCAUUCAAGUUCUAGCUAUCGUGUGAUUCACCCAGUGGUUGAGUGUUUGUUUUUUUUUUAUUUCAAAAAUGAAACUCUGCAGUGUUAUCUUAGUGAUUAGUUGUGCAUUCGCUGUCAGUCAGGCGGCCCAAGCAGUGCUACCAAAUGCCGUCCACCCUGAUCACCCAGGAAAGUGUUACGACGAGGAUACGAAAACAGCUCUCGCUCCAGGGAAGACCAAAUCCCUUCCAGGAAGAUGCAUGGAAGUGUACUGCUCUGAUAACUUCACACUGACCUACACAAGUUGUGGCGCUGUUGUGAUGGACGACCCCCACUGUGUAAAAAUGGAACAAGAUCUCACCAAAGACUAUCCGGAGUGCUGCAAGAAAUACAAGUGCGUAAUUGACGGACAAGUCUCGUAUUUCUGAUUGCGACAAGUGAAGGCACGAAAAGUUUCCAAACUAGCAAUACUAUCCUCCGUUGGAAGCCAUUUUCCAUUAAUAUGACAAUAAAAUUAAUGAAAUGGUACCAUUUGAAAA